CAUACCAAUGCUCAUUUACUAUUUAGUCGUUUCCAGUUUUCUCCAUCUAGUCUGUUUUGCCGUGCGCUAUGUUGUUACUUAUUGACUGAUGAUUCGAUAUUAUAAUAUUAUUUUCAUAAUCAGUAUUGCAUAUUAUAAUACUUUGUAUUUUUGUAGUUAUAUUGAUAGAUACAUUUAGAUUGUUGUCUGUCGAUAUCCUCCGUUAGCGGUAUACCUACAUAACGACUAUAAUAAUAAUAAUAUAUUAUUAUUUUUACGAAGCGGAAUACCGAAUAGACUACCUGACACCUGUUAACGUUUUAAUUUUUCGGACGCCAGCAGUACAUAAGUAGUUUCUUUUUGUUGUUCGUGGCCCGUCUUCAAUAUGUCUGAUACGAUAUCCACUUCCAACCCAAAUCUUUAUCCUGAUGAUCGAUUAGGACCUUUCCCGAGAUCUUUGGCACCUGAAAGAUUGGUCUAUCCAGAAUUUGAAAUGGCAACAAACCUCGACAAAAAUGACUCCGCAGCAAUGAUGAAAUUGGUGGAUGAACUUCAUGAAGGUGCUGGACUGUUACUUUUUUUAGGUCUAGAAUUAAUACCUGAGGAAAUUCUUACAAUUCGUUUAAAUACUUCAGAAUAUGGUAUUGUAAGACAACAUAUCAAUUCCGAAACACUGUAUUUGGGAGUUUGCUACAAAAUCAACGAAAGAAAUAACCGUACAUUUGGAACAAUUGGUAUCAUUUGUAAAAAUUUGGCGUUUUUUACAUUAAGAGUUAUGGGCUAUCGGCGAUUUGAAAUUGUAAAAGUCAAUCAUCAUAGACUUGGUCAAACAAUGGCGUUCGCUCAAAUCAAAAUCAUAAAGGAUAUUACAUUAACUAAUCCAUACAACAAUCUGCACUUACAUCCAAGUAUAAGUGUUUUGGGAUCUGGUAAAAUGCGCAGUAACAGAGAUGCUUGGCAAACUCAGUGGCCACCUUGGGUUUAUAAGCAGUUUGAUGUUCAUGAAUUGGCAUCUUGCAUUUUCAAGAAAGUUAAAAUGUUGCGUGAAAAUGUAAUAAUAUCAUCUGAUCCAGAAAUCUUGUCAUUCCAAUUAACAAGAAUUGGUUUAUUCAAUGAUAUAGAAGUAAACAAAUUGCUUAGUAUUACAUCAACAAACCUACGACUUCAACGUGAACUACAGUAUUUGAAUAAAAUUAAAAUAGUGGAAAAAUACGUAUGUGCUAGAAUUGGUUGUGGAGUUCCAAUUUGCAAUAAGAACAAUGUGUUUGCAAUGUAUCCUGCUCCACCACAGGGUAGUUAUCAAAACUGUAGGUGGAAAAAUAGCACUCAUAGCAUGAUUACAGUAACGGAUUUAGUAGAUGGUUCAAACAUAUUGAAGUUGGAAAAAAAGUCAUUUGAAUGCCACUGUUUUCCUGGGUAUAAGAGUACGAGCAUCUUUUGCCUUAAAUGUAAUAGUCAUUUGGGCUGGAGAUUUGUGAUAGACUGUAAUGUGUCACUAACACCAACAGUAUUCUAUGGAUUAUAUGAAACUGCUCUAAAAACACAUAUUUCCUCAAGUGUAGGUAGGUUAGUUUUAUCAGACGAUGUACCAUUUUCUUCACGCGGUCAAAUACAUAAUUCAAGUGGUUCAACAUUGCUAAUUCUUGGAGGUUUUCCAAUGAGGUCUUAAGAAAUCUUUUAAAUUUUCUGUAUUUGAUAUUUUGAUUUUUUUUAUACAAGUACAAGUAUGUAACUCAACCAUAAAUAUAUAUUAUAUUUUUUCUCAUACAUACAUUUAAAUACAUACUUAAUUCAAGAAUUUUAGUUUGUAAAAGUGUAAUUAAGUUACAUAUGUAUUUAGGUAGUUUUAAAUUAAUAUUUUAUUAUUUAUGUCAAUAUGAUAGCUAAUAGCAUAUUAUAUUAUU